GUAAUGGACGUUACAGCGACACCGCGACCACACUCCAACACUCAGCGCCCAACACAGGCCUAUUAUGUGCCUAGGAAGUUGCUCGAGUGUGGUCGCGGCCCGCAAUCAAAACCAACGACUAUCGACAAAAAUGAAAAGCCAAUUCAAACUUCUGCCCAACAGAAGCAGAAGCCCCGCCCACUUAUGGAUACCGUUAUCUCGGCUCCGCCUUCUUCUCUCAAGGAGAAGUCCCCCCAAUCCAAUCGUCAAACGAAAUCAAACAAAAAAUCGUCACCACCGCCACGUAAAUCGCCAGUGAUGACGUCAUCAUACCAAGUACAGUACCCAAAUUCGCCGCGAGACCUUCAUCUCGUAUCGUCGACACCAUCGUCACGCUCCUCGUCCUCAAUGAGCUCAAACAAUGGAAUUGUGUCACCGACGUUGACCGUCUCAUCGCCACGUAUCGUCAAGGGCGGUCCACAGAAGUAUUCGAUGUCACGCCCGAACGCGUUUGCUCCGAUGAUUGCACAAUCUGAUGAGAAGGAGUGUAUUUGUGAUCGGAAAAAUACACAUGUAGUUUGUAAACGAUGUGGCUACGAAUGUGUUGGCCGAGUGCAAGUGACAUGCGGCAAGCAUCCUCUGAUCCUUGCGCUCAAUGAUCUCCGCGAAUGCCCGAAUCCCGUGUGCCAUAGCGUUCAGCUGCUCGAGUGCGACGAGCUCGACGAUCAGGAUGUGCACGACGAUGGUGUCGAGCAGCUGCUCGCCGAGCCGAUUGAGAAAAUCGAUUUGCUGUCGUGAAAAAUUCUAAUUUUUAAUUUUUACUAAAAGAAAAAACCCAAAAAAAAAAUUGAAACCGCGCUCUAUUGACAAUAAUUUUUAAAUUUUUCCUGUAAUUCUACUACUGACACCUGUUCAUUCGGGUCCUCUCACACAUUUCACCCCCUGAAUUUUGCUGUACAUUUGUCUUUGCUUCUCUACUCUUUUUCAAAAAUUUAUUAAUUUUUUUCUAGCAAUACAAAAAAAGAAUAAUAAAUCAAUUCGAAACAUGA